AGCAGUCGUCCCGGAGAUAGAGAUACGAACAGAUGGGAGGCUGAGGAGGGAAACCACAUUUGGCUCCACCCUGUCCUGCAUUUUCUCUUCCCGCCUACAUCAUUUGCCCCGACUGUAAGAGGCUCUCCCCCAUGUCCCACAAUACAGCGCGGCGCGCGGGGACAGCUUGGCACUUCCGGGUUAGAGAGACAGAGAGUGGCGCUGGCGCAUUUCCGGGAUAUUAUUGGGGUGAGUGUCUUUUCCUCAUCGCGUGCGAUUUGCUCUUUUCUCCCCCUUCUGAGUCUCCUCACUGAGCAGAAAAUACAGUUCCUGAGUCUGAACAGCUAGUGACACAUCCUGACUUGCAGCUGGGAGUGGUCUGAUCUUGUGUGAGGGUAUCUGGGGGCGGAGCAAGAUGCAGGGGAAAGAGAGAAGCACCACGGCACUUGAUGGAUGUGUUACCACCCGCCAGAGACUCUCCUCAGCCACAAAUCAAGAUCCUGACGUGGCCCUGGGGAGUGCGAGUGACACAGGGCAGUACUUGUGCAUGGAGUGCAGUGAGACCUUCAGUAGUAAAGUACAGCUCAGCUCCCACCGACAGAGCCACGUGGCCAAGAAGCCUUUCAUGUGCUCCUACUGUGGGAGGGGCUUCCACCACCAGAUCUUCCUGCAGGUGCACGAGAGGAGUCACGAGGGAGGGGCCACUUCCCACCAAUUAACUGCAGUCAAACCAGGUGCCUCACGGGUCAUAUCCACAAGGAGCUGUCGGACUGUUGCCCCUUUAACCUCUGACUGUGUAAAUGUCCAGCCCAUCCCAAGCAAACCUGAGCUCUUACUCAACUCCCUGGUGCAGUUCAGAAAGGGGCAUGGAAGCCAGCAGAGCCCCGCCCCCAUAGAAUGUGUCACCCGACUUAGCAGGAGCCAGGCCCAGCCCUGUGCCCAGAGGAAGGAUUCAGCGGAGAAAAGAAGUCCCAUUGAGUUGCGGGUUUCCAGAUUCUCCGACACCACGGUCCACUUGAUGGAUGCGUUUGGGAACUCAAUAGAACUGCUAACGGAAGUGUUCAGCACCUACACAAUGAAUGGGCCCAAACAAAACCCUGCCACUCAUGUGCCCUCAUCUGUGGACUCAACUCCCUGUGAGCAAAGAACUGACAGAACCCAGCAAGAAAAGAACGAUGGAGAAACACUCACCUCAAACAAUCUCCAGUCACAUAUGCCCCCUCAGCUUGUGCCCCACACUGACACCCCAACUGUUUGUCCUAUAGAAACAGAUGUUGGUAAAAUGGAAUCCGACUUCUCCCCAGGGGCGGUUGUGUGCAGUGCUGCCCCCUAUAUAACCACCUCAGAGACCCCCAUGCACAAUGAGUCAGAGAGGCUGACCAGCGGUGACCCAGAGCUACCAAUAGAGACACUAGAUGAUCCAAUAGAGACACUAGAUGAUCCAAUAGAGACGCUAGAUGAUCCAAUAGAAGCGCUAGAUGAUCCAAUAGAGACGCUAGAUGAUCCAAUAGAGACGCUAGAUGAACCAAUAGAGACGCUAGAUGAUCCACUCUCUAAAGGGACAGAACCAAUAAGUGUACCCCACGUUAUAACUUAUCAGGUCAGUACAGAACUGGACAGUCCUCUGGAUGGCAUCACUGUAUCCUCACCACCUACCUAUUCCCAGUCUGUACUCCCUUCCAAGGGGCAUGAUGGUCCUGGUACCAACAGCACAGAGCAGACCGAUUCUGUCCCAGAAAUGGAUUCUCUGGAAGAGACUCAUAACUUUCUUGUACCCUAUGAGCAAAAACAGAAAGGCAGCUUAUUAGCUGAAGUUACCAGUGUGUUGCAAGCAGAGGAUGUGAGAGUGCCAGGCACUGCCCAGGCUGGGGGGUUACCAGAAUACCAACAGAGGGCGGCUCCCACUGACCAUUCAGAGCAGGUUGGUGAGAUAGACGCAUGUUCUGUUGGCAUCUCCACUCUCCGGACUGACAUAGCGAUGACAUCAGAACUAGAUUCCCAGUCAGACGUGGGCAAUGGGGACCACAAAAUUGUGCUGGGCCAGAGCACACAGUCUGGGGUAAAAGGUGUGAGCCUUGUACCAGUUAAUAUCAAACAACUCCCUUCCCAUGAGACAGCCAUAGACCUGAAACUGUCUCUUGUGCAAGAUGCACACUCUGCAGCUACUGUCCAAGGCACCAAUUGCAGCCGUGGCACUGAGACCACUUCAGCAAAUGUUGGCGUCGGUCAUCAGCACGGACAAGACUUGCACUGUGAGAGAAAUGCACAACCAGUCAUGGUUUACAAUAAAGCAGAAGAUGGGAGCUUUCCAAAGCCUCACCCAGAGACUGGUGCUGGAGAUGCCUCCGAGAUGGAAGCUGCCGAGAACGAUCAGGCCCCACCCACAAAGAAAGAUGAUUAUAAACUGAUCCAUACAAACUCUGCUGCCUCUCUGUGUGACCAGGAGCCAACAGUUCCAGAAAGUCAGGACAAGGACGACCAAGUGUCAGCCACUUACAGACAUGGCCAAGACCUAAGAUCUCAAGAACCUGACAGGACUCAUGCAGAAAGCUUGGACCCAGCCAUUGUAGAUCAUGACUACAGUGACCUAAGAAGAACUCUAAAAGACACCCCAGUUCUGUGCUCGCCAAUAACAGUGGAGAUGGCAAGAGAGUUUGGUGAUGGUCAGUGUGAUGAAAGUCACAUUGUUGCUGGCAUUCAUGAUGCACCACCUAUAGGAGAAAAGAACAAUGCUCAGCAUGGUGAGCAGGAACAGCACUUGUUAGAUAAAAGACCUGAUUUACAAGAAGGCAUUUCAGGAAAUGUUGAGAAAUUUGCAGAGAGUGGUACUGCUGAAACUGCACUCAUUUUAUCAAAGGAUGGGGAACCCCAGGCUAUGGGAGACUUACAUCCCCAUGACAUUAUGGACUCCACAUUAACAGGGCCACAACCUGAGAGAGCUGAAUGCAAGGAAGAUAUCUCCAGGUGGGUCUCCUCUAUGGAGGCCUCUUUACAAGAGAAGGGAGUCGCACAUGAAACCGAGAAGGGGACAAACACACACAUUGGCCCUUUAGCAGCAUUUAUCCCAUCUUCUCAUCAUAAUGAAACAGAAUUGAACUGUGUAGCUAAGAGGAGUCUCUGUAAAAGUGCCCCAACAGAGAGGAAAGAGGAAAAUAAGGCAGAUGUUGCACUUAGCCCCUCUGUUACUAAUGAAGUGGAGCUGGAAGGGACAGUCCCCUGUUUGACAUGUGGGCAGCACGUGAAUGGAAACAAGUCUCCUUCACAUGUUUGUUCUAAUUUCUCCAAGAGCUCCAUGACUGUGAUGGAGAGCAAACGCAUUGAGAUGAUUCCUGCUGAUGUGAAACGAGAUCUGGAUUCUAUCACAGAACCUCCCAGUUUGGAGCCAGAGGAACCUGAUGCAAAAGUCAAUAAGAUGUACAACUGCCCAAAGUGUGACAAAACCUUCAGGCUUCCUGUACUUCUUGCGGGCCACGUGAAAUGUCAUUCAUCGCACCUGUGCAUUACUUGUGGCUCCCCCAUGCCACACAAGUAUAAAAUGAAACGGCUAGCCAGAAAGUGUCAGCAGUGCAUUCAAAACACCAUUGUGAAAAGGCAAGAGAAACGUCUCCUUUCCUCACACUAUUCAGAGGAGGAGGACAUGGUAACUUCUGGCACAGGGUUCUCAACAGAACUUAAUGAGGAAGCAGACCUCACCCUUUCCUGUGCCCCCAAUACAGAGGACGUGUUGGGUGCCAAUUCAGCGAUAGAAUUAACACAGCCUAAGCGUCCAUGCAUAAAGCAAAGAGCUAAAUCAGCUGAUGGUUCCCUUGGCAUGGAACCCAGUAUAGAAUGUUCAGAGGUUCGGAAGAAGAGAGGGAGGCAACCAGCCAAGGGUGAUGUUAUUCCUGCCACUGUCCCCAAAGUGUACAAGUGCUUGCAGUGCGGUGUGUCAUUCCUCCAGUGUAUGUUCAUAGUGAAGCACAUGAAGGAACAUUCCAUGACACAGACCCAGCCCUGCAAGUGCUAUUUAAUUGUCCGACGGGGAGGGAAGCAGACCCUGAAGCAAUGCAAGAUCUGCCGAGAACAUACUAAGAGUACAGCAUUGGAUGCAUCACAGCUCACAGGAUCUGCCUCAGAACAGAACCUUCAUAUUCACACUUUGGGUCCCAAAAAGAUCAUUAAGCGUGUCAGAAAGGGGGAUGUGCCCUUCCAGAGACCUGGCGACAAAAAAAUCCCCCUGAAGCAAAGAAAAUAUGGCCGCAAGUCUAUGGCUCCUGUGAGAGAGUGUCAUGAUGAGCCUCAUCUUGAGAAGAAAAGCCAGAUUCCACCCUUGGAUGGAAAUGCAGAGUUAAUGUCCACUAACUGGGAAGAAUCUAUUGGUGAGCAAAGCGUUUCAGGCAGAGGUACAGACAAGAGAUCUGAAGACUUGCUUCUUAAGCCACACGUGUGUGAUGUGUGCAGCAAGGCCUUCCGGCUGCCUCGAUACCUUCGGCUCCACUCCGUCUCGCAUACAGGGACACUAUGUGCGUCUUGCGGCUGCCUGUUCCGCUAUAAGCGCAGAGCUGGACGACCCUCCAAGAAAUGUCGUUUGUGCCGGAUGAAGGGUAGAGAGCGGAGAGUUCUGUCCAAAACCAUACUUGAACCGAAUCUGCCUGAGUUACCUAAAGCUCAUAAAGCUGAAGUCCUGAGCUCUUUGCCCCACGGAAAGCAGUCCAAAAUUCUGGCAAAACUCAAAGCUCCCAUCCAGGCCAAACUCAGUGAAGCAUUUAAAAAGAAGAAAUUUAAGCUUUUAAAAGGGCCACAGGGUCACUCCAAGAAGAGGAAACUGAACUCAAUGCAACUGGAGAAACGCAAGAAGAAGCUAAAGAGUAUUGAAGACCUUUCUCCACCCACACCCAAAAAAAGGGGACGACCACCUGGAAAACCAACAGCACACAGAAUGCUCUCAACAGUAAAUUCACCUGCUAUUAAAUCAGAGGGGACAUCUGUUGCAGUGAGUGAUGAUGGGCUACACCCCAUAGAAACAACUAAAAAUAAUUUUAGUGGAGAUGGUAAAUCUGAUGAGGUGCCGACCUACCAAAUCUUACCCACCAUGUCCAUAAAGGAGGAGCCAAAUUCAUCUGAAAUAUCAAGUUUCCAGUGCUCCGAGUGUGGGCAGAACUUUCCUUAUAAACAUUUACUGGAUAAUCACAUGCAGACUCAUACGGGGGAUCGCCCUUAUGUGUGCUCCGACUGUGACAAGUGCUUUGCCAAAAUCAACCAUCUGACUAUCCACAAGCGUGUGCACACGGGGGUACGUCCUCAUGUCUGUUCAGUGUGUCAAAGGAGUUUCAGGCAGAAAUCUAGUCUUCUGGCCCAUCGCUAUACACACACCAACCAACCACCCCUCCUGGUCACCUCGUAUGAAUGUUCUGUCUGCCUUAAAGAAUUCAAACAAAACAGUGACCUGGAGGCCCAUGAAUGCAUUCUACCCGUAGAGCUUCCUGUCCAGUGCAAGGACUGCAACCGAGUCUUCACCAACAAGGGCAGGCUUGCAGUGCAUAGCAGGGUGCACACAGUGCAGACAUCAUACCCUUGCCCCAUAUGUAACAGAAGCUUUAUUUACAAGGCAAACUUAGAGCGGCAUCAGCAGAAGCAUAAAGGGGAAAAGCCAUUCUCUUGUGCAAAGUGUGGAGUCAGCUUCGCUCGGCGUAAGACCUUGGAACGUCACAAGCUUGCCCAUGGUAAGAAAGGUCUCUUUUCCUGUAUCCACUGCAAAAAGUACUUCCUUCUCCAGACCUGGCUUUUCCGGCACCUGAAAAUCUGCCAAGGUGUGAAUAAAGGAAAGGUUCUGAAGGUCCAGAAAAGGAAGAAGAUCAAGGAAGAUGUAGAAGUCUCCAGCACAGUCUCCUCAGAAGAAGCUGAGAAAAAAAUAAUCAAGGUUGAGAACAAAGAGCAAAAAAUAAAAAAGAUCAUGAAAAGCAAAGUGCUAGGUGAGGCCAAGCUCAAGUCAAAAGCAGCAGAGGGGAGCAAGGAAGAGAAGCUCAAAGUUAAGGCAACAAAAGCAGAGAAAGGAACACUUAAGAAAAAGCUGACUGAAGGUGGUCAAGAGAAAGGAGAAGGGAGUAGUGUGGAAGAGGAGAAGAAGCCAAAUGAACAAGACAAUGAAAAGAAAGGUAACAAACAGGAGCAGAUAAAAAAGGGCCAACGGGAGUUUCCAGAAAGAGCAAACACCAGUGAUGGAAAACCAAAAGCUAAAUGUGCUGCCCCCGCAAAGAAAGAGCUGCUAAGUGAAGAAAAGCAGAAGGCCAAAAGUGCUAAAAAGGAUAUGCUAGGGGAGGAGAAGCAGAAGGCCAAGGGUGCUAAAAAGAAUAUGCUAGGGGAGGAGAAGCAGAAGGCCAAGGGUGCUAAAAAGUUUAUGCUAGAGGAGAAGCAGAAGGCCAAGGGUGCUAAAAAGAAUAUACUAGGGGAGGAGAAGCAGAAGGCCAAGGGUGCUAAAAAGGAUAUGCUAAGGGAGGAGAAGCAGAAGCCCAAGGGUGCUAAAAAGCAUAUGCUAGGGGAGGAGAAGCAGAAGGGUGCUACUACUGCUAAAAAGGAGUCUAAUGGAGAGGAGAAGCAGAAUGUCAAAGUGGCUGCACCCACGAAUUUUGAGCUGCUUGGUGAAGAGAAACUGAUUGGCAAAGGUGCCACCACCACAAAGAAGGAAUCAGAAGAAGAAGAAAAGCAGAAGGCCAGAAAUGUCAUCCCAGCAAAGAAGGAACUAAUUGGAGAUGAAAAGCAGAAGACAAAAGGCACCCCCCCUGCCAAGAAGCCACGACUUGAGAGCUACCCCAAGGUGGCAACCCCUGAGAGGAUGAGGAAGGAGGAUGGGAAGGGCAAAGAACCCCAAGGGAAGCUUCAAAGUGGCACAGGCAAGAAAUGAGGGAGGGUGGUUGGGUAGAAAGAGUUGAUGGGACAGAAGCUACGUCAGGUUGCUGCAAAGAAUUUCUGAUCCAGGGCAUGUGGGUUUUUCUGGUGACACCAGUUCAGCCACUCCAUCCAAAUGUACAGAAGGUUCCUGAGUAGCUGUUCUUUACAUGUUUCAUUUUAAUGAAUAAAUCUUUUCUGUAGUAGUGU